UUUAACUAAUUCUUUAUUUACGAUAUAAUGUAAAUAUCGAUUGAAUAAAAAUAAGAAAAUAUGUAGAGGAGGGGGGAGAAUGAUGGGUUUGGUGUGUGGUGGAAUAUAAAAUGGGCGCCGUUGCUAUGCAAUUGGCCCCGCGGAAAUCUCUCUCUCCUUUCCCUUUGCUUCCAUUUUCCAAUUUCUCUCUUUCCUUCUUCACGAUACCAUUCUUCUUCUUCUUGAUUUCUUCUUCUCUUUCUUCUUCAGAUACGGACAUUGAAGGCGUCACAUUCUAGGUUCUAAGCUGUCAAUUGAAACGCCCAUUCAAUGCUCUCUCACUUCCACAAACUUCCAUUGAUUACACCCCUUUCCGUUUCUGUUCUGUUUCCGCUUCUGUCCCCACCACUCUCCUGCAUGGCUCUCGGUUUUUGCAUCUUUCAAUGACCCCAUUUUGCCACACUGAUUGAUUGUUUCGCCGUUCCUUUCAUCAAACUCUCCCCAAUUUCUCUACACCCACCAGAGGUUUACACAUUCGCUCUAAUUAUGUCUACGGUGUUAGCAAGAACAGGGCGACAUCGUCAGCGAUACGACGAUCAUUUUCGUCUUGUUUCAGGAUGCAUACCUUAUAGGCUGAUAGAGGACAGCAAUGAAGUCAACGAGCAGUGUGACGUUGAGAACAAGAUUGAAGUUCUCAUGGUUUCUUCACCAAAUCGUGAUGACCUAGUGUUUCCAAAGGGUGGAUGGGAGGAUGAUGAAACCAUCCUGGAAGCAGCAUGUCGAGAAGCUGUGGAAGAAGCAGGAGUGAGAGGAAAGCUUAACGAAAAUCCCCUCGGUGUUUGGGAGUUUAGAAGCAAAAGCAGUCAGGACAUUUGCAGCAUGGAGGGAGCAUGCAGAGGAUACAUGUUUGCAUUAGAAGUUACAGAAGAGCUUGAGUCGUGGCCAGAGCAGGGAAACCGCCAUAGGAGAUGGCUCAAUGUUAAAGAGGCAUUCAGACUAUGCCGGUACGAAUGGAUGCGCGUGGCACUUGAAGCAUUUCUCCGAGUGAUGGCAGAAGACGAAAAUGGUGAAACUAGGCAAGAGACGGCAGAGACAAGCCCAGUUUCAAAUGUGGUUGAUUGUGCAUUGAUAUCGUCUAACUGCUGUGGAAGGCCUCCUCCUUUUGGUCAGCAGCACAGUAGGAGUCAUUCAACAGGCAUUGGAGGCCUUUCAAGGGAUUGCAGACUAGGCAUUACAUUAACUGAAUGAUGAAAAUCUGUGCAGCGGGGCGUGUAAUCAAUCUCUGGUGGGCGGUGAAGUCGUUUAACUUUGAGAAAGAACAAACGAACUGUGAAGUGAAGGUGAAGUUGAAAGUGCAGCAAAAUUAUCAGAAAAAAGAAAGGAGGUAGGUCUUUUUUUUUUUUUGGGUUUUUGUUGGAUGAUGGAUGAUUGUUUGUAUGUAGAAGAAGCAACUGUAGUUGAAGUACAAAAUUAUGUGGUUGCUUUGUUGUUAGUGAUGUUAAUAAGAUAGUUGGAUUGAUGGGUUACUGACUGAUGUUGAUGGAUUUUGGAUGGUGGUGGUGGUUGUAAUGCUGCUGGCUGCUGUAAAUGAAGAAGAAGCCAAACAUUGUAUAGUUGGAUGGUUUUUUUUAACUGUUGUGUCUACUGUUUAGUGAAAAUGGUUUAGAGGAAAAUUAUUGGGAAUAGUAACCUUCCAUCUCAUCUCUGACCUCUCACCAAAGUACGCAGGAUGUCAACCUUGUCUUCAUGCAUUUCAUUGCCCAUGUUCUUUGCUUCAACCCUUCUACUUAACCAUCAAGGAUGAGUUCGAAUUUGUAUCUAUUUGAUCCUUGAACUUUUAUAAGUGAUCAAUAGAUCUUUGAACUUUUAUAAGUGAUCAAUAGAUCUUUGAACUUAUUUUUUUUAUUUAA